AUGCGCAUCAUCUUCCAACAUGUCGUAGGCACGCUGUUCUUGCAGAACGGAGAAGACAAUAGCUACGACCCAGAAGACUUUAUGCAGGAGCUGGACGUGGGGAGCUCGACGCCGCACUUUCGCAUCUCAGUAGCGGACGAUGACGGUGGCAUCCCCGGCUCGCUCUUCGCUUGCGCUGUCUGGAACAGAUUCAUCGCCACGCACUUCGCCAAACAUUCCGAGCUAGUGGAGGGUCGGAGGAUCGUGGAAUUCGACGCAGCUUCGGCGCUGUCGUCGCUUGUGGCACUCCAUUUCGGUGCAAAGUUGGCUGUUAUGACAGAUUACCCGAACGACUUUUUGUUGAAAAACAUUGAAACGAAUAUCAAGCGUAACGCACAUUUAUUGGGGACUGGGAGACGUGACGUACGGGGACAUCUCUGGGGCACUCGAUUUGAAGUGGCAGUUGUUGCAGAGUGUCUAUGGCUGCAUAACCUGCAUGAAGACUUGCUGAAAUCAAUCGACGCGUGUCUGUCACCUGGAGGAAAGGUGCGACAUGUUCUUCUUCUAUCUAAAUCGCAUUGUCUGUUAAUGUUGUGA